AAUUUUACCUCAUACUGCUCAUUCAAUAACUCGACUUUGGCUUCUUCAACAGAACUGCAAGAUGAUCUCUCGUGAACUGCUCGCUGCUUGCGCGGUGCUGUGGACAAGCUUGGCUCUGACCUCAAGCUCUGCUAUUGCCCCAGCCAUGCAAAGUCAUCAUGAAAAGCUAGCGGAACCCAAAUCAAAAUGGAGCCGGGACAUCGUGACUGUCCUGCCAGAUCCGUGCACGACCAACUCAGGGACCGCCGGCAUUUGCUACAAGCAGCGCGACUGCGACGACUUGAAAGGAACCGGCGACGGCGACUGUGCACUUGGGGUCGGAGUUUGUUGCACGUUUACUUACCAAGGUUGCUAUCAAAACGCUGAAAACGGUGCUGCAGUCUUCCAGAAUCCAAGCUACCCAGCCUCUGAGCCUGGAGUUUACUCAAGCUGCCCGCUUAAUGUGAAGCCUGCCAAUAAAAACGUUUGUCAGAUCCGCCUGGAUUUCGGAGCCUUCACCUUAGCUGGCCCCGAUAAGGACGGAGUUUGUACCAAGGAUUCAUUUACUGUCACCGGGGCAUCGUCAACAAUCCCCACAAUCUGUGGCGAGAAUACCGGACAGCAUAUGUAUCUUGACGUGUCGCCCGGUUUUUCGAAUGUUCUUCUGGACGUAAAAACAUCAACGCCGAACACCAGAUGGCAAAUUUCUGUAACCCAGAUCGACUGUACUGCUUCUUCUUCUAUUCAGGCUCCGAGUGGUUGUCUGCAGUACUACACCGGGAGCUCCGGAACCAUCAAAAGCUUCAACUACGCGAACCCAACCGAUCCAGCAGCAGAAAACCGUCAGCUGUCGAACCAAAAUUACUUGGUGUGCAUCGCGGGGCAGUCGAACGCCUGCAGCGUCACAUACACCAAGAGCUCUGGAGUUCCCAACGACUACAGCUGCUCAUUGANCGCGCUAAAUAAUGCAGGGUACUUGGUGGGGCACCUUGUGGGGUACCUUGUGGGGUACCUGGUGGGGUACCUGGUGGGGUACCUGGUGGGGUACCUGGUGGGGUACCUGGUGGAGCACAUGGUGGAGUACCUCGCGAAACGUGUAAAACCUCUGGACAAGUAA